UAAUUUAUUACAAUUCCCAAAAUCUCACUCUCUAAAUAUGUAUCUAUCCAUAUAUUGCAUUUUGAUUUUUUAAAUUUUUUUUUUAAAUUUUAAAGCUGUGAACCGAAUUGUGAUAUCUUAUAAAGUUAGAAUUUUUAUUCAAAAUGACAUUACCAAAGUGAAAAAUACUCAUCGGAACCCCCACCACUCCUCAAAAAACGGAUACAAGUCGUUUAUUCAACCACAAUUAUACAAAAAAAAUUAAGCAAUGAAUCUCCAAUAUCCAAUCGUCAAAUUCCGUUAUAUAUCCUAGUUUUAACAAAGGAUCCUAAAAAUAAAUAAAUAUAAUUGUUUACAAACAAAAAAAGAAGGGGCUUGAUUUCCAACCGAUGAAAAGACUCAAAAAUUCUAUUCGUUAUUCGUACGCCGCCUUUCACAACGUUAUCGCCAUAUUUCUCAUACUCAAUAUUCGUUUACUAAUUGGAAUUGUAAAUGCUCAAACACAUGGACAACCAGACCAAGACCCAUACGCAAAACUGGCUCAGCAACGGUACAAUAGGUUCAAUGAUGAUGGUUCAUGCGGGAAAGGCAGUUGCUACCCCGCCACAGGCGAUUUGCUCAUUGGCCGAGAGAACCAACUCUCUUCCACUUCCACUUGCGGUGCCAAUCAGAGAUCAAGAUAUUGUAUAGUCAGUCACUUGGAAGACGAUAAAAAGUGUUUUUAUUGCGAUUCUCGAAGGCCAUAUCAUCCUGUUUAUAAUCCUAUAAGCCAUAGGAUUCAAAACGUUAUCUCUUCCGCGCCUAACCCUGAACUCAGGAAAAAAGCCUGGUGGCAAGCCGAAAAUGGUGUAGAAAACGCCUCCAUUCGUCUAGACAUGGAAGCCGAAUUUCAUUUUACUCAUUUGAUAAUGACCUUCAAGACUUUCCGGCCAGCUGCUAUGCUGGUCGAAAAAUCUUCCGAUUUUGGUAAAACCUGGAAAGUCGUGCGAUAUUUCGCCUAUGAUUGCCGGUCCUCCUUUCCCGGAGUAAGCUUGGGCCCUUUAAAAAAGGUAUCAGAUAUCGUGUGCAUCAGUAGAUAUUCCAACGUGGCUCCUUCGACCGCGGGGGAGGUUAUACACAGGGCCAGACCUCCUUACAUAGAUCUCAUCAAUCCGUACGGUCAAGAUGUACAAGAAUUGCUCAAAAUGACGAAUCUCAGAAUUAAUUUUACGCGGCUUCAUACACUGGGUGAUAACCUGCUGGAUAAUAGGGAAGAAGUACGGGAAAAGUACUAUUAUGCACUCUACGAUAUGGUAGUCAGAGGCAGUUGCAGUUGUUACGGACACGCAUCCAGGUGUAUACCAUUAACCGGCCAAGCCCAAAUACCUAACAUGGUUUAUGGACGAUGCGAGUGCAAUCAUUACACUAAAGGCUUGAAUUGUGAGCAUUGCGAAGAUUUUCACAACGACGUCCCCUGGAAGCCCGCUCACGGCACUGAGACCAACGCUUGCAAGAGAUGCGAAUGCAAUUUACAUGCGGACCGUUGCCAUUUCGAUUCGGGCGUAUACGAACAGUCGGGUUACGUAAGUGGGGGCAUUUGUGAUGAAUGCGCGCACAAUACAAUGGGGAACAAAUGCGAACAAUGCAAACCUGGAUACUUCAGGGUUCCUAAUCUGCCUCUCAAUAGGACCGAUAUAUGUAGAGCAUGUCAAUGCGAUAAACAUGGUUCACUCAACGAAGGUCAAUGCGAUUCGACCGAGGACACGGCUCUUGAGCUUGUGGCCGGCAGAUGCCAUUGUAAACGCUUUGUGCAGGGUCCAGCCUGUGAUACCUGCAAAGACGGUUAUUGGAAGCUGCACGCUGAUAACCCGGAAGGAUGUGAAGCAUGUACAUGUCUCAUUAUUGGAACGGUAAACAAUUUGGGAUGUGAUAAAAGUACGGGCGAAUGCCACUGCAAAGCUCACGUGACUGGAAAAGAUUGUGAAUCCUGCUUGCCAGGAUAUUACGGGCUCAGUCGAGACUCGCCGGAAGGUUGUGAACCAUGUGACUGCGAUGCGGGGGGCUCAACCGUUUCGACUUGUCAACAAAGAGAUGGUCAGUGCUCUUGCAAAGCUGGGGUGGUUGGAAGACGUUGCGAUUCGACUCCGCCCGGUUUAUAUUGUAUGGAAUUGGAUUCGCUUACACUUCAAGGGGAGAGUGUGUCUACGAAUUUGAAUCAAUACACCACCGUUAUAAAACGCGAACGCGAUAGUGAAUCUAUAAUAACAUGGACCGGAGAAGGAUUUGUUCGAGUCAGGGAAGGUGGCUCAUUGACUUUUGUUAUUAAUGAUAUUAUAGCUCAGCCCAUGAGUUACCAAUUGAUCAUCAGAUACGAAUUGCCGAUGGAUAAGGAUUGGGAAGAGGUGGUAGUUACUUUGGAAGAACAUCCCUUAGCUUCCUUCAUAUACAAUACGGUGCAAUAUGCUAGACAGCAACAUUCGGGCAUUGAUAACAAAUUAGAAGAAAAUUAUUGCUCAGAAUUUUCGCAACCUUCUGUUCAAGUUACUUUCCUGCAGAAAAAUGUUAGAUACGCGGUAUUAGCUCUACCUUAUUGUCUUCAAAGCAAUUUUGAAUAUGUGGUCAAAUUAGAGUUUACACAUUUUACGACAUCUGCAACGCCAGAGGCUCACGUUUUGAUUGAUUCGAUAACUUUCCUUCCUACUCUGGAAUCGAUCCCUCUCUUCAGAUCGCCCCAAGUCACUAAUCGUUCUUCAACAAUAAGUCCCGGACUUGAAACACUUAGAACUGAUUACGAAAGAUACAGGUGCAGGGACGCUUAUAUUACCAUAGCGGAUCAGGCGCUCAGAGAGAAGCAUUUGCCAGAACCUUGCAAAAAAUAUCGUUGUAGCUUAGCACUUUCUAUGCACGGGAGAGGAAAAGAUUGUCAUUGUGACCCCACCGGUUCUGUCAGCUCGGUGUGCGAUAUUUCAGGUGGUCAAUGUAGAUGCAAACCCAAUGUGAUUAGUCGGCGUUGUGACGCUUGCGCUCCUGGGACUUACGGAUUCGGACCUGCUGGAUGUACUUCUUGCAACUGCGAUGGUCGGGGUUCGUUGGACCCUAUUUGCGACAGUUCAAGCGGUCAAUGUAAAUGCAUACCUGGGGUUAUAGGAACUCAUUGUGAUUCGUGUCAAGCCGGCAAUUGGAAAUUUCCUAACUGUGAACCCUGUCGGUGCAAUGGGCACGCCGAAGAGUGCGAUAUCAACACGGGAGACUGCAGUGGUAAAUGUAGGGACAGCACAGAUGGACCCCACUGUGAAAGAUGUGCCCCUUACUUUUACGGAGAUCCUCGCAUUCAAGUCAACAUCCCUUGUCGGCCUUGCAUGUGUCCUGGCCUGGCUAGUGACAAUCAGUUUGCCGAUUCGUGCUACCUAGACCCUGGAACCCGAGAAAUGGUAUGCAGGUGCAAACUUGGUUAUUCGGGCAAACGAUGUGAAAAAUGUUCACCCAACCAUUACGGUCGCCCUACCCUACCUGGUGGAGCUUGUAGGCCCUGCUUUUGCAAUGGGAACACUGAUCCAGCUUCCAUAACUCUGGGUAAUUCUUGCAAUUCUGAUACUGGAGAGUGCACCAACUGCGGCUUCAACACACACGGCUUCAACUGUGAACAGUGCGGGGAGGGCUUCUACGGGGACGCCUUAAAACAGAGCUGCGUGGCUUGCGUUUGUAACCCCUUAGGCACCGAUACUUUCCUGAUCUCUUCGUCCAUUCCUUCACACAAUUUUAAUAUCUCUUCCUCCUCUAAAUCGAAGUCACUUCAAAAUUACGUGUGCGAUAAGUUGAGUGGUCAAUGUCCUUGCCUGCCUAAUGUCAUAGGUCUCUCGUGUGACGCAUGUCUUCCAGCUUUUUGGAAUAUAGCUAGUGGUAAAGGAUGUCAGGCCUGCGAUUGUUGCAAAGAGAGUAGCAACACCGAUCAAUGCAAUUUGUUGGAUGGCCAAUGCAGAUGUAAACCCGGGUUUGGAGGAAGAACUUGUUGUGACUGUGAAGACAACUUUUGGGGGGAUCCUAAAGUUAAAUGCUAUUCAUGCCAAUGCAAUGAUCAGGGCUCCACGAGUUAUCAAUGCGACAGAAAAACAGGGAAAUGCUCUUGUCAGCCAGGUAUGACGGGUGCUAAAUGCGACAUGUGCGAUCGGGGCACGAUUGGACAAGUACCUUAUUGUAAAUAUUGCGGGCAGUGUUUUGGCGAUUGGGAUAGUGUUAUCAAAGAACUUCUGAUUGAAACGGAAUCACUUAUGCUGAAGGCCUCACAGGUCAAAGAUGAGGGUGUGGUGUCGACUUACACAUCAACCUUUACUGCGAUGGAAAACAAGAUUAGGGACAUAGAGACAAUGUUGAAGGAAGCGAAUGUUACUACCUCGGAUCUCAACAUCAUAUCGGUCAAAAUAGAGGAGUUGAGGCAAAAAUUGUCAGACAGAUCUGACGACAUAGACCAAUUGAUCAAAAUAAACCACGAUAUAUCCAAACAAAUCGGCUCCUCCAGUGAUAAGCUCAAAAACAUUCAAAAAUCGGCUCAAAUUCUCAAAAAUGAAACCAAGAUUUUGGAGGAAAACACUACUAGAAUACAGGAAGCCGAUUUAGAAGGCGCGUUUUCAAUUAUCCGUGAAUCGUGGGAAAAAACGAGAGAUUUAAAACAUAACAUUACCGCCUCCAUGAAACUUUGCAACGAAUCAAAAGAGAUCAGGGCUAAGAUUAAAGCCUUGAAGGAGACAAGCAAGGAUAGUCUUGAAUUGAGUAUUAAAACCAAUCAAAAAAAUAUUUCUGACCUCGACUCAAAAAUUUUUCAGCUCAGGGACUCCAAGAUUGGAGAACUCAAUACACUGAUUUGCGAUGGGAACUCUAUGCCUUGUGACCCGGCUUGUGGAGGGGCUGGUUGCGGGGGGAAAUGCGGUGGGCUGAGUUGCGAUAACGGUGCCGCGACCAAAUCGGCUAACGCACUAGAACUUGUCAAGGAAAGUAAGAUCCUACUAGACACUAAAAAAGAACAAGCCCGCGAUUUGCUGAAGAACGUUGAAUCAGCUGAAAAAAAAUCUAAAAAUUCUUUGAAAAUAUCGGAGAAAGCUUAUAACAAAGCCUGGCAAGCUCUUAACUCUUCUCAAACUUCUAUCGAAAAACUGCAAGAUUUGCUUAACAAAUCCGAUCGGUUCCUGAGUUAUCAAAACGCCACCCCUGCUCAAAUAGAGACCGUAGCCCAAGAGGUCAUGAAGAUGAACAUAUCUCUUAGUCCUUAUGAAAUUACUAACUUAGCCAACGAGAUCAACCGUACCAUUUUGAGUUUGACUAAGAUCGAUGAAAUACUCACAUCGACUCAGGCCGAUGUUGACAGGGCUACCGAACUCAACACCAAGGCUUCAAAAGCAAAUGAGCACGCUAACGUAAUACUUAAGAUGGCCGAGAAAGUUAAGUCGGAUUUGAACGAGAGCAAAUCGAGCAUGGAAAAAGCACAAACUCUUUUGGAUAGAAUAUCGAUUGGUAUCGAUAAUACAACCAGAAAUUUACAAAAUAUGAAGGCGAACAUUAAUCCGACCCAACGAUCGUUAGAAGAAUCGGUAUCGAGGAUAGAGGAUUUGAAACUCAGACUUAAAGGUAUUAAAUCUUAUGUAACCAAAUCCAAUAUAGACCUCACGACUGCUGCCAAACAAUCAUCGCAGGCCGACGCCUUAAGUAGUCAGGCGGAAAAAGCAUACAAGGAUUUGGAAGAGCAAUACGUCGAAGCUUCUCAUAAAAUAUCACAGGAGAUGGACGAAGAUAAUGAAUUGAUGAAAAAAGCUCAUGACCUCAAAUUUAAAGCUCAGUUGCUAUCUCAGAAUACUAUCUCUAAGCUCAAGGAGAUGGAUGAUUUACAAAAAAACUUGGACCAACAUGAUAUUGUCUAUAAAAACUUGACCCAAGAGGUUUCUGAGCUUAACAAAUUAAUGAAAAUGUAUUUGCCGCGAAUCAAUGACAAGGCUAUGAUGUAUAGAACGUGCAAUCCUUAAUUUUUUUUAAAAUAUUAUAUAUUUUUUAAUUUUUUGUAACCACCUAUUAAAAAAAAGUUAUAUUUAAAUUUUUUCUUAGGAAGUAUAAAUAAAAGAAUAUAUAUAAGACUUUUAUAAUUUUUUUUUUUAAAAAAUCUCUUUUCUGACAUUGAAAUCUUUUAUUAUAAUUAAUA